AUGAAAAUUCCAUCUAUCCCAUUGGAACUCACCCAAAAUGUCCAGAAGCAUAACUUAGACUUGGCAUAUAUCUUACCGAAUAUAGCUGCAUGCUCGGCUCCAACAGACAAGAAAGUGAAGAAAUUGUACCAAAACAGCCUUAAAACAUUAUGUGGUGUUCUCAAUGAGAAUCACGGAAAACACAAUUGGAUGAUUGUGAAUCUUAGAACAGAGAAAUACGGCUAUGACCCCAAAUUAGUGGAAGUUUAUGGUGGCUUGUUCGAAUACAGACCCUUCCUAGAUAACAAUGCUAUUCCACUUGAUGAAUUUAUUGAUACCAUUCACUUCAUAGAUCAGUUCAUGGCUGCAGAUAAUCGCAGGGCAGUAAUUGUACACUGCAGACACGGAAAGGGCCGAACUGGCUCUCUUAUAGUGGGAUACAUAAUGUAUAAAUAUGGAGUGUCCUUUGACAAAGCCAACACACUUUUUGUCAAAAGAAGAAAAAUAUAUAGACACGGUGUGUCAGUACCAUCCCAAGUCAGAUACCUCCGUUAUUAUGAGGGGUUAUUGAAUUCAUCAGAAUUGAGGGCUACGUAUAUUCGAUUAAGAGAAGUUCCAAUAAAGAUCAAAGUACAAAAACUUGUGGUACAUAACCUGAACAAAAAAUAUUCUUUAGGUACUUUAGGCAUACAGUGCCAAACGUUUGCCGAUCAUGGUGCCAGUCUUGUGCUUGUUUCCAAGCUAAAAGAUCGAAAAGCAGAUAAGGGGGAGAAAGCAGAUGUGGUUGAUUUGAUAUGUAUUCCAUCCAAAAAAGCUUAUUGUGAAUCUCCAGAAAUCUCCUUUCAGUUGACAAUGCGGAUGAAUUCACUCACGGUAUUUAUGCUAUGGUUUUUUGUGAACUGUUAUCUGGAAAACAUCAUGUCUUUCGACAACAGCCAAACUAUCGGGAGUAUCAAACAGGAAGAAAUGAAUAUAGAUAUACCCUGGGAAAGAAUGGAUGGAUAUCGAGGGUCCAAUGGAAGAGGCUAUAGAUUUUUCGACUCAGUGAGUGUGACUCUCGAGAUGAUAUAA